ACAGCUUGCAGAAGCUAAAGGAAACCAGCCCACAUUUUAGCUCCUCCUACCAAGGAUCAGACUUGAACUUCUCCGCAGUCCCCGCCGAAAAAGGAUCCCGACUGAAAGCUAGAGGCCAAAAGGAGCCAGAAGAAUCUCAUGUAACUCGGGGAACAAGGAAGAGAGGGAAUUUGUGUCCUAAGAGCCACAUGUGGGGCCAGGUCUCUAACAAGAGGAGAACCCAAAAGUACAGGGUGUUUGCUGCUUUCGUGGUAGAAAGAAAGAAGAUUUCCUAAGUUCCUCAUUCUGCCAUUUUGGAAGUUGGCACACCUACAUGUUAAAUUUCAAAGUGAAACUUGAAAGUGGAAGCUUUGGUCAAGACUCUAUGAUAAAAGAACUAAGAAAUCAAAUACUAAAGUAGUUUGUGAUACAGCCUGUCCUUUUACAUUUUGAGUAAAGCAGGUGGACAAGAACAGUAUUUAACUCUCAAAUUACAUGCCACCUACUUCACCAGUCUUAAGGCUCAGAAUAGCAGGUUUUAAAGAAGCUAGAGUGCCAGAGAAGACCUUUGAAGUGUGAAGAGAUUUCCUGUAAUUAAAACCAAAAUGUCAUUUAUAGAUCCUUAUCAGCACAUUAUAGUGGAGCACCAGUAUUCCCACAAAUUCACGGUAGUGGUGUUACGUGCCACCAAAGUGACAAAAGGUGCCUUCGGUGAUAUGCUUGACACUCCAGAUCCGUAUGUGGAACUUUUUAUCUCCUCAACUCCUGACAGCAGGAAGAGAACAAGACACUUCAAUAAUGACAUAAACCCUGUGUGGAAUGAGACGUUCGAAUUUAUUUUGGAUCCUAAUCAAGAAAAUGUUUUGGAGGUCACAUUAAUGGAUGCUAAUUAUGUCAUGGAUGAAACUCUAGGGACAGCAACGUUUCCCAUAUCAUCUAUGAGAGUGGGAGACAAGAAAGAGGUUCCUUUUAUUUUCAACCAGGUCACUGAAAUGUUUCUGGAAAUGUCUCUUGAAGUUUGUUCAUCCCCAGACCUCCGAUUCAGUAUGGCUCUGUGUGAUCAGGAGAAAGCUUUCAGACAACAGAGAAAAGAAAACAUAAAGGAAAACAUGAAGAAACUCUUGGGUCCAGAGAAUAGUGAAGGCUUAUGUUCUACACGCGAUGUGCCUGUGGUGGCCAUAUUGGGCUCAGGUGGAGGGUUCCGAGCCAUGGUCGGAUUCUCAGGUGUGAUCAAGGCACUGUAUGAAUCAGGGAUUUUAGAUUGUGCUACCUACGUUGCUGGUCUUUCUGGCUCCACAUGGUACAUGUCAACCUUAUAUUCUCACCCUGAUUUUCCAGAGAAAGGGCCAGAGGAGAUUAAUGAAGAGCUAAUGAAAAAUGUUAGCUACAACCCCCUUUUGCUUCUCACACCACAGAAAGUUAAAAGAUAUGUUGAGUCUCUAUGGAAGAAGAAAAGCUCUGGACAACCUGUCACCUUUACCGAUAUCUUUGGGAUGUUAAUAGGAGAAACACUAAUUCACAAUAGAAUGAACACUACUUUGAGUAGUCUGAAGGAAAAAGUCAGUUCUGGUCAGUGUCCUCUACCUCUCUUCACCUGUCUCCAUGUCAAACCUGAUGUUUCAGAGCUAAUGUUUGCAGAUUGGGUUGAAUUCAGUCCAUAUGAGAUCGGCAUGGCUAAAUAUGGUACUUUUAUGGCCCCUGACUUAUUUGGAAGCAAAUUUUUUAUGGGAACAGUUGUGAAGAAAUAUGAAGAAAACCCCUUGCAUUUCUUAAUGGGUGUGUGGGGCAGUGCCUUUUCUAUAUUGUUCAACAGAGUCUUGGGAGUGUCUGGCUCACAAAAUAAAGGUUCUACAAUGGAAGAAGAAUUAGAAAAUAUUACCGCAGAGCAUAUUGUGAGUAAUGACAGCUCAGAUAGCGAUGAUGAAACACAAGAACCCAAAGGCACUGAAAAUGAAGAUGCUAAAAGGGAAUAUCACAAUGAUAAUCAAGCAAGUUGGGUCCAUCGUAUGAUAAUGGCUUUGGUGAGUGAUUCAACUUUAUUCAAUACCAGAGAAGGACGUGCUGGGAAGGUGCACAACUUCAUGUUGGGCUUGAAUCUCAAUACAUCCUAUCCAAUGUCUCCUCUGAAAGACUUGAUGACACAGGAAUCGUUGGAUGAAGAUGAAUUGGAUAUGGCUGUAGCAGAUCCUGAUGAAUUUGAGCAAAUAUAUGAGCCCCUGGAUGUCAAAAGUAAAAAGAUUCAUGUAGUGGACAGUGGCCUCACAUUUAACCUGCCAUACCCCUUGAUCCUGAGACCCCAGAGGGGAGUUGAUCUGAUUAUCUCCUUUGACUUUUCUGCACGACCAAGUGACUCUAGUCCUCCGUUCAAGGAACUCCUCCUUGCAGAAAAGUGGGCCAAAAUGAACAAGCUCCCCUUUCCGAAGAUUGAUCCUCAUGUGUUUGAUCGAGAAGGACUGAAGGAAUGCUAUGUCUUUAAACCAAAGAAUCCUGAUAUGGAGAAAGAUUGCCCAACUAUCAUCCACUUUGUUCUGGCCAACAUCAACUUCAGAAAGUACAAGGCUCCUGGUGUUCCAAGAGAAACUAAGGAAGAGAAAGAAAUAGCUGAUUUUGAUAUUUUUGAUGACCCUGAAUCACCAUUUUCAACCUUCAACUUUCAAUAUCCAAAUCAAGCGUUCAAAAGGCUGCAUGAUCUCAUGCACUUCAAUACCCUGAACAACAUUGAUGUGAUAAAGAAUGCCAUAGUUGAAAGCAUUGAAUACAGAAGACAGAAUCCAUCUCGCUGCUCUGUUUCUCUUAGUAAUGUUGAAGCAAGACGAUUCUUCAACAAAGAGUUUCUAAGCAAACCCGCAGCAUAGUUUGUAUGGUGGAAAGGGCAGCAAUUUCUGAUGCUGAAGCAGUUUGAAAUUCCAUUACAACUGGAUUUAAAAGCAUAGUACAGAUAUUAGUACUGAUCACAAGAGACUGGCUAAUACUCAAAGUUGCAGUUAUUUAGCUGCAGAGAAAUAAUACCAUUAUAAAUUUGUUAGAUUGACAGAUGAUGUGAUUAUGUAAAAAUAUACUCAGCUACAUUUUCUGUCAGUAUGUAUUUCCUGAUGCAAAUGUAAGGACAUAGACUGUACUUUUAGACAUUCCUCACCAACUAUCUUAUAUGUCCUCUUUUUUAAGAAAUUGUUUUCUUUUUAGAAUAUUUGACAGUUCAGUCUCAAUAAGUAAGACUUUGCAUUGUGUGUAAAUGUUAUUCACUGACUGGAUUUAUUCAUACCAUAAGACAACACUAUUUUUUAUUUAUAUACACAUGUAUGCAUAUAUGAAAUAAAUACAUCAAUAUGCAAUGAGCAUGAGA